CCUUUUCUCUCGCUAGCCCUUCAACCAUACAACAUGGACAAGUUGCAGCCAGUGAAACUCGCCAAAGUAAGCCGUUAAAUGAGUUAAAUUGGGGGGAAAACAUUUACUGCGCUUAUAUAGUGCUUCUCUGGAUAGCUUUAAUCGAAUAUUAUAUGUACAUUUUCACACAUUUGAUUUUUAAAAGAGUAUUACUGACUAUCGAGAAUAGGUUAACACACGACGGAAGUGUUAAAAUUGACUGAAAAUCUUUUUUUAAAGACACCGAUAUGUUUACUGACGAGUUAAUCUUUAGACAAAAAAAUCUUAUUACUUAACAAUUAUAUUAAAAAUUCUUAGAGUGGCCUUGUUUAGCAUUAUUCACAGAUGGAGCUCAAUUUAGUCAUUUAGAAUAAGUUUUAAAAAAAAUAUAUUCCACGGUUGAGUUGGGCAUGAUCAGCACUUGACAGCAGUGAGUGCCAUUUUCCAAAUAUAGAAAUAUAUUUAAUUUUUUUUUUAUAUUUCUCCACGACCAAGCAAAUUAGUUAAAAAUUUAGUUGGAAUAGAAGAAAUACUUUCCUGUCUAUCUCUCUGAACUGUUGCUUCCUUACAUCCCCACAAGACAACUACGCUCUUCCAUUGACAAUAGAACCCUCUCAAUCCCAAGAACCAAAACUAAGACCAUUGGUGAACGCUCCUUCUACUUCCAUGGACCCACAUUCUGGAACCAGCUCCCCUUCCAUAUCCGUCAUUGUGAAACCUCGUCCACUUUCAAAAAGUCCCUUAAAACCCAUCUGUUUAGGUCCGCCUAUGACCUGUGAUGCACCCUCCUUGCCCUGCCUCAUUUUCUGUCUCGGGUUGAUCCUGUAGUUUAGGCCAAAACGUGCCGAAGUGUCCUCGUUUUAUAGCCAUUUUAAUUGUUUCUAUAGUAUAGUAGUUACUAUCCUAGUGUCUCAUUUUUAUUUUACUUAGUUUAGAUGUUUUUAAUAAUUGUAAAGCGCUUAGAGCUUUAAGGUAAGCACUAUAUAAAAAUGCCUAAAUAAAUAAAUACACAAUUUGCAUAAUAAUGGAACAAUAACAAUUUUUAAAAACUUUUUUGUAACCUUCUGUCCCCUAAAACUUAAAACCGUUAUCCCAUCCAGAUACAGAUAACUACAGAUAAGUUUGCGUCUUGGACGGGGGGUUGUGGGAGUGUGUGUAACAUUUGAUCACUGUUGGUGAAAGUGCACUCUCUCAAAGUUGUGGGCUAACAUGCAGUCAGUGGUGGGGCCUGUAAUUUGUAAUGUUAAAAUUUAGCUAUGUAUUUUAUAUACCGAUAAGUAUUUUCGCUCACUUUUUUAAUUUUUUUUCUGAGAGAGGGUGGAGGGGUCUCCCCUCCCUAGUAUUUAUUUUGUUUAUUUUUGUAUUGAAAUGGGGAGGGGGGGGUCCCUCCCCUGAAAAUUAUGUUGAAAUUUCCUGUAAAGAGUGACAUUUUAUAGUCUAAAGGAAAAGCAUUCUGAUACUUUGUUUUCAUCCAAUAAAAAUACAGCACUAUCAGCCUGGAUGAGUUUCUCUUUUUUUAUUUCUUUUGAACCUUUAAGUUUUAAGUUCAAUUUUAAGAUAAACGGAAUGGAAAAUUUCCCUUUAAUUUUAACUUAUUUCAUAUUAACUGUUUCAAUUGCCAGAUUAUGAUUUUGUCACAAAUAAUGCUCAGUGAAGAACGGGCGAUGUAUCAUUCUCAUCGCUCAGGUCCUAAUGUUGGUCCUGAAACAGACAUUCAAUAUUUUAUUCGUGUAUCGUUGAAGAUACAACAGCUGAAUUUUCAUCCAACCAUUAUAGUUUCUGGUGGAUAGGCAAAAUCCAAUUCUUGGAUGUAUCGCCAUCACAUUUUUUCAUGCACUUAGUUUCUUAUAGCCAGUUAUAGUCACUGGAACAUCUAAAAUUUGGGGAGGGAAGAAAAUGAAAGUUUUAAAAAUUCAUAUAUACACCAGAUCCAUACAAUCGGUUAACUGCUUUCAACUUAGCUGAUGGGUUUCAGUUCCGAUGCAAUGCCAAACUAAUCUACACAAAAAAAGAGCUUAUUUAGUUUUAGAACACUAUACCAUUGUUUCAAAUUGAGUAUUUAACACCUAGUAGAUCAUGGAUUUUUUAAAAUUCAUUGUAUAUGUUAGAUAUUUAAGACUUCCAAAAGCAGAAACAAAAUAUUGUAGUCUUAAUAUGUUAUAAAAGUAUACAUUUGAAUUUUGUGUUGGAUAAUGUUUUUGAGCAUCAUUUAUGUACUUUUUUUUUAGUUUUUUCAUUAAAGUUUUGUCUCUUUUCUUUAGGUAUUGAAAGUCCUUGGACGCACUGGAUCCCAAGGACAGUGUACUCAGGUAUUGAGCUGUUUGUGUUCAGGAUAUAAAUUAUAAUUUUACAUGUUUUCUUGGUUUAAAGUUUUAUCUUCUCUUGUCAUAUACAAUCUUUUUUUUACACAGCUUUCUUGCAUUUUAAGUUUCACCUAAUUUUUUUCAAUAAUUCUAAAAAUAGUUUGUCUGAUGUGUAUGCCAACAUAUAGUAUUUAAAAUUUUUAUUUAAAAAAACAGGUUCGAGUAGAAUUUUUGGACGAUUCAAACCGAUCCAUCAUUAGAAAUGUCAAGGGACCUGUACGUGAAGGUGACAUUCUCACACUUCUCGAGUCUGAAAGAGAAGCAAGAAGGUUAAGAUAA